UUGACUACAAUAGCUACUAGUUGACUUUAGUAUACAAUUUAUGACAUAAGAAAAUGAAUAUCGACGAAGCAUUCCAUCAAUUGGGGAAGUGGGGACGUUAUCAAUCAGUGAUUUUUAUCAUUGUGUUUGCCGCUUCCUUACCAAAUGCUUUUACGACGAUGCAGUUCGCCAUCAACCAUUUCCAACCAAGCCAUCGAUGUAGACUAUCUGAUGAAAUUGAAAACAUAUUGAAAAACAACUCAAACAGUGUUGAAAAUCUGCUCGACUAUUUUAUACCCAUGGAAACCAAUAAUUACGGAAAAUUAAGUAAAAGUAAAUGCCACAUGUAUCACAGAAAUUAUUCUACAGCACUCUCUCUUAUAAACCUCAAUGAAUCUGUCGACAUCAUACCAUGUACGAAUGGAUACAUAUUUGAUAUGUUGCCGAAUCAUGAUACUGCAGUUACUGAGUUUGAAAUGAUUUGCAACAAUGACUGGAAAUCACCACUAGCAAUUACAGUUUUUCAAUCGGGAAUGGCAAGUGGAUCAAUAGCUGGCAUACUUGCUGACAGGUAUGGUAGACGGCCAGUGUACUUGUUUGCCACUUUGGCUCAGAUAAUAUCCAUGGCUAUUACGGCUGCUUCUUGGGAUUUCUAUUCAUAUUUGGUUGCUGUAUAUUUUGGUGGGAUGACGGGACUUAUCAAUUACGUCGUUGCUUUUGUACUAGUGACCGAAGUUAUUUCGAUUAAGUCAAGAAAUUUCAUGGCUGUUGGUUCAAUGUAUUCAUAUUCCGUUGGAUAUGCUACCUUUGAUUGGAUAUUAUGCGCAAAACUGGCGUGCUUACAUAUGGGUAUCCAUGGUACUCAGUGUCUUUCUAUAUCUACCGGGCUACUGGUUUUUCCCGAAUCACCACGUUGGCUAUCAACAGUUGGUAGAACAAAUGCUGCAAUCGCAGGACUGAACAAAAUGGCAAAGAUGAACCGAAAGAAGGUUGAUUUCGAAAGAUUGAGAAAAGUUCGUGACAGGUCUCGUUUACUAUGCAAUAGCGUUCCACUCAAAAAGCUUCAGUGA